GUGAGGGCCUGGCCGUCCCCGGCGUAAUGUGGGGCGCCGUGCAAGCGCAGCAGCAUUAUGGCUGGCCGCAGCAGGCUGCAUGGCACGGGUCCGCAGCGCCUCCGCCGCCGCCUCCGGGGCAGAGCGCUGCCAGACCAGCAGGUGGGCAUGUUCCAGUCACAGGCGUAAGCAAAGCUGGUGGCAUCAGUGGCCAAAGCAAAUCUGCGGGGCCGCCGCCACCUGCGUCUGCGAACAUGACUAAGGCGGGUGCGCCGCCUCCACCGCCCCAG